UAUGUUUUCAAUCUCGCCGGCAGAAAAGGGAAAGCAUUCUGUCGUAUAACCCUCACCUCAUCUUUCAAACAAGCUAAAGGAGAAACAUUUAUCAUUAGAAAAAAUAAAUUAAAGUAUCUUUUCAAUAAAAAAAGCUUACAUAAAAAUGGUUAAAAGUUCUCUUUACAAAAACAUUAAAGAAGUUUUAGAAACUGCGAAUGUAUGCAAUCGAUGUAUUUUGAGAUUCUUUGGAGUAAAAGAAUAUACAAGCUAUAUUUCUAAAACAGAUGUCGAAAAAUCAAUUGAACAACUUGUCAACUUAGAAAAUGAAGUUUUGAACCAAAAAGAAUCUGACCAAGAUAAUUCUUCAGAUGAUUAUCCACAGUCCAAACGUUUCUUACCUAAUCCUUGUGCUGCUUGUCUUGGAAUUCUGCAAGGAACAUGUGAUGAGAUGGUGACAAAGCUUGCUGAUGUUGUUACAAAAAGUGAGCAUAAAUUCAAGGAUUUUGUUCUUCAGGUGUCUCUUCCUGUUGUUGUGGACUUAAGAGAUAGACUUUUUCUGUUUUACUUGAGACAGAAAUUAGGGGAAUCUGUUUGUGCUGAUGAAAACAUUCCAUCUGUUAAGGAUAUAUGCAAAUGGGUUAUUGGUUCACAAUAUGGCAAACUUACCAAUACUGGGUUUACUCCUAGUAGUGAUUUUCAAAUAUUAAUUUCUUCAACAUAUCCUAAUACUGUAAAAGAAUGUUUUGUUUUAUUCAAAAAUUGUGCAGAAGCAUUUCCAAAUUCAAGGAAAUCAAAAGUUACUGCAGAAGGCAUUUAUACCAAGACAGCAGUGCUUAAUGCAAUGGAAGCUCUGUCUACGAAAAUUGAAAAGUUAUACACUUUGCCUCCAUCACCUCCAGAUAAAUGCUGCACUUUUCAUGAAAUAAAAUGUACACAUUCACCUCUUUAUCUUGGUGGGCGCUAUAAUAAGUACUCCCGAGAAUUAAGUCAAACUCCUUGGCUUGUAGAUGGUGAACGCAAAAUGGAAUCCUCUGUUAAUGAGCUUAUUACUGAUGUUGUUAAAAGAAGAAUUUUGGCAGACAAGAUUGUAUUUUCUGCCUCUGGAAGAGAGGAUGUAGAUGUAAAGAUGUUGGGUGAUGGCAGACCAUUUGUUCUAGAAUUGCUAAACCCUAGACGUUUGGAAUGGACAACUGAAGAAAUGAAAGCUAUUGAAGAAGAAAUCAAUAAAAGUUCAGACUUAAUAGCAGUAAAAAAUUUGCAAGUUAUUUCAAAGUCAGAUACUUUACUUUUAAAAGAGGGUGAAGAACUAAAGCGAAAGAAUUAUUCUGCUCUUUGUCUUGUUGAGAAAGUUUUGUCACCUGAAGAUGUCAAAAAAUUAGAGAGCUUAAAAGAUUUGAAAUUAAAUCAAAAGACGCCAAUUCGUGUUUUGCACAGGCGCACUCUAGCAACUCGAGAAAAACUGUUACACAGCAUACAAGCAAAGAUAAUCAGUGAACACAUUUUGCAAUUAAAGCUUGAAACUCAAGCAGGAACAUAUGUGAAAGAAUUUGUACAUGGUGAUUUUGGACGAACAUGUCCAAGCUUAGGUACAUUACUCAACACUAAUGCAGAUAUAUUAGAACUUGAUGUGGAGAAUAUUCAUCUUGAAUGGCCUCCCAAACCUACAUUAUAAUCAUCAAUAAAAAAAAAAUAUUUAGUAAUAAAUGAAAUUUUAUAAUCAGCAUGCUUUUAUUGACAAAUGGUUUACACAACUGAGAAAGAUGUAUUAACGAG